AAUUCCUACUUAAUGGCGCCACGUUGUGGUGUGUAGAAAAACGUAAACGUUUAGCCCGAAGUAAGUGGUAGUUUUUUCGAGUAAGCUUCAGUUUAAAACAUUAGGAGGCCUGAUUUUUUUUGUUGUUUGUUUGUUUUUAACGCAGACGUCGUGAUGCUGCGUUGCUUGUCCCGGCUAACGCUUGUUAGCUAACGUCGGAGUGAAAAAACGCCAAAUCAUUUUCUUAUUUUAGAGCUCAUGAUCAUCGUCCGAGCCGUAGCGGUAGUUACUCUGACAGCAGCGGCCAAAGCGAUGAGCUCUACGGCGGGGAUGAUGUCCUCCGAGCGGCCGGGGCUGCGUGCAUCAGCGAGCCGAGACACGCGCCCCGCGAGCCCGCGUCAGCUGCAGCGGCUGCUCGCUGUGCCCGGAUCCGACCGGAACCGAACCAACGACCUGCUGCUGCUCCGGCCUGACGUUUGCACCAAUGGCCACACACAGCCCGGCUCAGAGGACCGAGACGUGUGCAACAACAGGCACGUUGUGUUCUUUCACGGAGACAUUCAGAACUUCCAGGAGGAGAUGUCUCUGCAGCCUGAUGGAGCACAAUGGCUUUCCUGGAGCCUGGAACAAGUCACCCUGAGCCUCGGCCGCCGCUUUCCCGACCAGCACAUUUGGGUGGUCAGAGCCUCUCAUAUGUACCUCCACAAGUUCAGCUGCUACAGCAACUUUGUGGAGAGCAACCUGUUUGGGGCGCCGGAUCACUCACCGUACUCACCUGACUUUGGAGCCUUUCACCACCUCAGGAGCCUGAUGAGUCACGGCAUGGAGCGGGCCAACCUUCCAAACCCCCUCACACCACAAGGAAGCACCGACAGCAUCUCCUCAGGGUUUUCCUUGACCCUGGUGGGCUUCAGCAAAGGCUGCGUGGUGCUGAACCAGAUGGUGUACGAGCUGGCCGGCGCUCUGAAGGACCCGCAGAUGUCUCACUUCGUUAAAUGCAUCUCGGACAUGUACUGGCUGGACGGAGGCCACCCGGGCGGCAGCGAGACCUGGGUGACAGACAAGCAGGCGCUGAAGGAGCUGGCGGUCAGCGGAGUGGAGAUUCACACCCACGUGACCCCGUACGAGGUGUGCGACCCGAUGCGGGCCUGGGUCGGCUGUGAGCACAGACAGUUCAUCAAGAUGCUGCAAGAGUUCGGCGCCCAUCCGAGCCAGAAGCUGCACUUUGAGCACGAGCCCCCGUCCAUCGAGAACCACUUCAGGGUCAUCCAGGAGUUUUGAUUUUGGAUUAGAUUACAAAUAAUAUGACAUGUGGCAGCACAGUGGAUGAGUGGUUAGCACUGUUGCCUCAGAAGGUCAUGGGAUCGAUUCCCACCUGUGUCCUUUCUGUGUGGAGUUUGCGUGUUCUCCCCGU